AUGGAUCAAGUGAAGUUAACACAGAAAGUAACAAGAGCAGCCUUUACAAGGGCAUAUACUUCCUUUCGAGCGGAGAAAGAGAGAGGGUCGUCGGACCUAACCUCACUUCAGGUACAGUUCGCGCUCGUUCGAGAUAAAGCGAGCGAGCUCAAUGAGUUGAGCCAGAAGCUGCGAAACUUGAUGAUUCAAACUGGUGAAUCGGAAGAAAACAUCUGCAGAGAGAUAGAACGUGCGGAUGAGUACGCGGCAAAAUAUCAUCAAGCGAAACUUGAGUUAACCCAGCUGACGGAACGGCAAGAUACUCGAGAGGCGGGAAUGUCGGUACUAGUGCUGCGGACACAUCCUACGAUUGCAACACAGGAAAGUAUACGCGCGCUUAAAUUGCCGAAGAUCGAAUUGAAGCGAUUCGGAGGUGACAUUAAGGAUUGGCUGCCGUUCUGGAACACAUUUAAGAAAAUACACGACGAUACAGCAUUGUCUAGAGAGGACAAGUUUCAUUAUUUAGUACAGUCCACGGUAAAAGACUCGCGUUCUUACGAAGUUGUGAAUAGCUUUCCUUUAACGGCGGACAAUUAUGAAAAUGCAAUACAGAGCCUCGAAUCGCGCUUCGGCAAAAAAGAUUUACUCAUUGAAUUCUAUGUGCGCGAACUUUUGAAACUAGUAUUAAAUAAGAAUAAGAAAGUAACGCUCAUGACAAUUUAUGAUAAACUAGAAACACAAAUGCGAGCACUUGAAACUCUGGGCGUUACCACUGACAUGUGCGCAGCAAUGUUAUUCCCGUUAGUUGAAUCCUCACUGCCAGAAGAGACUCUAAGAAUAUGGCAGAGGGCGAUGAUACAGCUAACUCCUCAAGGAGAUGCUUUCGUAGGAAAUCUUACAGCCAAAGAUCGUCUUACUAAUCUUAUGACCGUUUUAGGAAGAGAGGUUGAAAGCGAGGAACGAAUUCAAAUGGCGAAGACAUGCUUCGAAGGUAGCGAGGCUGAGACGGUCAGAAAUAAGAAGAAAACGAGAGAUCAAGUUCAAGAAGCAGCGACAGCAGCUAGUCUAUUAUCCGUGAAAGAAUCUAAAUCACAAAGAUGCCUGUUCUGUGGAGAAAAUCAUGACAGCUCGAGGUGCGACAAAGCCAGAGGCAUGGAUAUGGACGAGAGGACCAGGAUCGUCAAAGAAAAGAAUGGCUGCUUCAAAUGUUUAAAGGUAGGCCAUAGUUACAAAAAAUGUUAUGCCAAAGAAAAAUGUCCUUGGUGUAGUAAACCCCUUCUGAUGUGCCGAAAUCUCUCCAAUAAAAACGAUGCGAAAGAAGCUGACGAGAAGAAGUCCAGCAAAUCAGGUUUCAGCGAGGGAGAUAGUUGUUUAGCCAAUGUUUCCUGCGACGAUAAGAUGUUUCUACCGUUAUUAAGAGUCAAGAUGCGCGGAUCAAAAGGGUUGAUAACUGUUCGAGAUACUCCACCGGAAACUAAUGGGCCUUGGGUGGAUGAACUGGAAAAGAAGAACAUACGGUUGAGUGACACCGGCGGAGGCAGCGAAUCCAUUUCUUUGUUAAUAGGAGCCGAUUUUGCAGAUACGGCACUGAUGGUUGUCUCCAUGUACGCACAAGAAGCCGGCAUAUCACAUUUAUGGAGACUCGAUACGUUGGGCAUUACUGACCCCAUAGGGAACGUUUCAAAGGAGGCACGUCAAGCUGAGAUUAAGAAGAUAUUCCUGGAAACGACGGAGAUCUCAAAGGAAGGACGUUAUGAGGUCAUGUUACCCUGGAAGAAAAAUCAUCCGCCGUUGCAAGACAAUAAAGAGGUAGCAGAAAAACGAUUGAAUCUCAUGACCAAGAAAUUGAAACAGGAGAGCUUGUUUGAAGAUUACAAUUCGAUCUUUUGCAAUUGGCUCGCUGAGGAUAUCAUCGAGAAAGUACCUGUACACGAAAGCGACAAAGAGAGUUUUUAUCUACCACACCGGCCUGUCAUUAAAGAAGAAGGAACAACAAAGAUCCGGCCGGUUUUUGACGCUUCAGCAAAAAGUAGAAAGGAUUCGCCGUCGCUCAACCAAUGCCUCGAAACAGGGCCUAACCUUAUUGAGCUUAUUCCAGCACUGCUGCACCGGUUUCGAGAACAGAAGAUAGGAGUGACAGCAGAUAUUGCAAUAGCCUUUUUGCAGAUUAGCGUCUCCCCGAAGGAUAGAGAUAUUCUGAGAUUCCUGUGGUGGGAUGCCAACGGGGAAAUAGAGAUUUAUCGACAUCGUCGGGUUGUCUUCGGCGUAACCAGCAGCCCUUUCCUUUUGGGGGCUACCUUAGAGAUACUCAUCGGAAAAGCCCAGUACUAG